AAAAAAUCUGUACAUACUGCUUUAAAGAAAGAAGUCAACAAGAAAAGUUGGUUUUAUGCACAAAAGAAGCGCACUGAAAUAAGGAAAAAUAAACAUCCUCUAUAUCCUUGAAUUUUGAAACAGAAACCAAGCAGGAAUAUGGAAGCAACACAACAAAAAAUCCAACUUCGACAGCAGUACUGGGUAACAAAAGCUAGUAAAGCCAAGUUGCUCCAAGUUGGUGCCAAAUGUGUAGAUACAGUUCCUCACAAAGAACACUAUUAUGAUACUGCUUUAGAUGAGUUAGCAAUGGCUCAACUGUGGCUGAGCCAGAGAAAUCAGCAAUGGUGCCUCAUAGUAGGAUCGCAGGACCAAGCAACUAGAGAAAAUACUGCCAUCUGUGCAUCAGUUUUCAGUGCAGAACUUUUACACCAGGACAGGACAGAUAUACAAAACUCCAAAUCCACUAUCUACAAAAACUCAGAAGAAAAGAAACCAACACAACUGGAACCUCUUGACAGUCAAAGUGAUCGGCAAUAUUAUUUGAAUAAAACACAAGCAUAUGUAAAACCUACUUCUACAUAUAACGAAUUAAUGGGAGAGCAUGAUAUAAUUACAUAUUUGACAGACUUUCUUCACAUUGACUUGACAACUGAGGAAGAAAGAAACAUGACAAUGGAAGACUUUCUGAGGCAGGCUGGUAUCUUCCAUUACGCAAGCAACCUUACUGCCUAUCAAUCCACAUAUAAACUGUGUGACCGGUACACUAUUAUAAUAAAAAUGGAAGACAGCUCUUUGAAAGAAUCUGCAACUGUACUAUUAGAUGUGGAUAUUUCAAGUAUUUGUACAGGUUUUGAAGAAAUAGAAAAUCUGGCAAAUUACCUGGAAUUUGAGCAUCAAGCAAUCCAAAGUGAAUGAGAAUUGCUCAUGUAGCAGGAC